GCGUCAGCUGCGACACACACCGAACAUGGCCGAAGCUGCAGCGGGGUUCGGCUCGGCGUCCAGGGGUCUCCGGGCCUUGUUCUUCAUGCUCACACCGAACGAGUCGUCCUUCCAGGAAGUAGAAGAAGUGCCUCAGUACGUUCAGCAGGCCACUCCGUUCUUUAUUGGACUGAUUGUGCUCGAGAUGGUGGUGGGCUUUCUGAGGACAGGAGCCCCUGUGAUCACCAUCAGUGAUGGCCUGACCUCUGUUGCAUCUGGGAUGAUCAACAGACUUCCACUGCUGCUGAUGAGAGGCUGUGAACUGUCAGCGUACAUGUACGUGUGGGACAACUUCCGCCUGCUGGAGCUGCCCUGGGACUCUGCCUGGACCUGGUGGUUUACCUUCUUAGGAGUGGACUUCUGCUACUACUGGGUCCACCGCUUCGCUCACGAGGUAGCCUUCCUUUGGGCCGCUCACCAAGUUCACCACAGUUCAGAGUACUACAACCUGACCACCGCCCUCAGACAGUCCCUCACUCAGCCGUUUACCUCAUGGAUUUUCUACCUGCCUAUAGCUCUGGUUGUUCCUCCAUCCAUCUUUGCCGUUCACAUACAGCUAAAUCUGCUCUAUCAAUUCUGGAUUCACACUGAGUUGAUCAGUGACCUUGGACCUCUGGAGUGGGUCUUCAAUACCCCUAAACAUCACAGAGUUCAUCACGGGAGGAACCAUUAUUGCAUCGACAAGAACUACGGAGGAAUUCUCAUUAUCUGGGACAGAUUAUUUGGUACCUUUGCUUCAGAGUCAGAUAAAGUCAUAUAUGGUUUGGUUUUCCCCAUCAACACGUUUGAAAUCCUCUAUGUUCAGUUGCACUACUAUAUGUUUUUAUGGAAGAAGUCCAACACUUACAAAACCAUCGGUGACAAAUUGUCAACUUUCAUCAAAGGUCCUAGCUGGAAACCUGGGAAAGCUCGGCUCGGCGACCACGUGGACAAUCCUAAGGUAACUGGAAAGGAAGUGCCUCAUGAUCCCAGCUGGUCUCUGUCUUUACGAGUUUAUGUGGCCUUACAUUUUAUGAUGGUGCUGUGGACCUAUCACAAGCUGUUUGAAAGCAAACUGAUGCUGUCUCAGUUAACUAUUCUGGGCAUGACCAGCUACAUUCUGCUCACUCUCACCUCUCUGGGAUUCAUCAUCGACCAAAGACCAACAUCUGCCUUCCUCGAGAUGCUCCGCUGUGUUGUGAUGGUGGCGAUGCAGCGUUAUGGCUACCUGAGUCCCCCCCUGCCUUCCCUGUCUGUCUUCACAGAGGCCUUUGUCUCCCUCUCCCUGCUGUUCUGGGCUCUGCAGAGCUUCUCGCGGCUCCUCAGGAUAAAGAAGAAGGAAAACUGAGACGUCACGACGAGACGGGGACGGGAGGAGAGUUAGACGCUCUCGCCUGAACGGUUCUAAAAUAAUCAGUUUUUGAUCACUUUAAAUAUAUCCUGAAGCUUUUCUUUGUAUGUCAAAUGUUAGCUUUUAGAAAGAAAAACAAAUUUAUUCAGCUUCUGCUUUAACGUUUUAUAUAAAAGUGCCUUGAAUUUGUUAUUAUGAACAUGAGCCAUUAACCCAAACUAUGCAAGGUUACAGGUUUUUAACCUGAUGAAUGUAUUCUGAUCAUUGGAAGCAUUUAGUUUUAAAUGUCACUGAUUGAUGGUGCUGUGUUAUAAACUGAAGUACUGAUCACCCAGAAAUAUCUUCAACAUUACCUCAUUACUCUUCUAACAUGAGUGCAGAUUGUUCUGACACCUGUUGAAUUAAAUAUUGCACAGCUCUGAA